UUUAUAUUUGCAAAAAAAAAUUUAAAUAAGACAAGUGGUCAAACGUAAAAACUUAAAAUCUAUAUUGUGGGACGGACGGAGGGAGUACUAGCGGAGCAGCAUGAUGAGAGAUUGUUGGCUUUGCUUUUCUUUUUCUUUUUUUUUUGGGUUUUGAAAACAAAUAUUGGUGUAUUAUCCUUCACCAGUGUUGAUGGUAAUGUUGUGUAGUUAAUGGCUGCGCCAUUUUCGCCAGGAUUUUCGCGCUUAAACAUCUCUUGCAAUGUUCAUGGAAUCCAUUGCUAUGAAUCGGAAGCAAAUCCUGUGGAUUAAAAUAACAUCAAACUCCUGUAUGCUCUGCCUGAGUGCCUGUUACCUACUCCGUAGUGUAUUCUCCAUUUCCUUUCUCAUCAUCAAACCAUUUCAUCACUUCCAAAGUUAUAGGACAAGUUUUUGAAAGAGAAUUUUCAAAGCUGAAGUUGUCAGUAAUAACACAAAUAUCUUCUGCAAUUUACUAAAAAAAAUCUCUGAAAAAAUAAAAUAAAAUCUCAUUCUGUUUUGAUGAGCUUGGCCAUGUUGAUCUUUAUUCUCCUCUGCCUUUUGCUACCUCAGUCCAUGUUCUCCAAAGCUGAGACUGUCCUUGUUGGAUUCCCCUCUCCUUUUUGGCAGAGGAAAGGUGGCUUAUCUGGAAUCUGUGAUUCUUAUGCUGCAACCCUAGUAAAGAGGCUUUACAAUCCAACUGUCCCUCUAACCAACUUACAAAUGGACUGUUCCCCAUUUAAUAAAUGGAUUCCAAAUUAGCUUGUAUCCUAGUAUUGUAGUAUAUGAGUUGUUGCUAAUUCAUUGCCACCAUAUAUGAAUAUUCUGUGUGCGUGUCUCUAUUAUAACAUGAGCUUAAUUAUGUGGAUAUUUCACCUAAACCGAGCCUAUCAAAAUGUUUUAGCAUCUCAUUGAUAUAUUCCAUAUGAGUGGGACAUUCAGUCCACCAUUCUGCAAAUAGAAAAGUAGUGCCUCUCUGAAUUAUGCACUCAACUCAAAAGAUCAACUGCCGAGCGAAAUAUUUAUCGGAGAAAAGUGUUGUGAUAGACAAUGACUCGUGCGACAGUGCAACUGUCAUCCGGGUUGAUAGGGUCAAGAAGCAUGGCAUUUUACUGGAGGCUGUUCAAGUACUUGUGGACCUCAACCUCGUCAUCACCAAGGCUUACAUUUCUUCAGACGGCAACUGGUUCAUGGACGUGUUCAAUGUGACCGAUCAGGACGGCAACAAGGUGCAGAACAAGGAGGUCACUGACUGCAUUAAGAAAUGCUUGGAGUCGGAGGAUUACCUCGUGCUGCCGGCGAGCUCGCCGGCCGGCGGCGCUGCGCCGUCGGAGGAGACCACCUGCAUCGAGCUCACCGGCACCGACCGGCCGGGGCUCCUCUCCGAGGUGUGCGCCGUGCUGGCUUCGCUGAGGUGCAACAUCGUGAACGCCGAGGUGUGGACGCACGACCGCCGCGCCGCCGCCGUCAUCCAGAUCACCGACGAGGCCACCGGCCUCCCCGUCCGCGACGGCGGGCGGCUGUCCCAGCUGCAGGAGCUCCUCGGCAACGUCAUGCAGGGAGACGGCGACGGCGGCGGUGACAGCAGGAAGGGCAGCACGGCCGUGUCGCUGGGCGCCGCGAACGCCGAGCGGCGCCUGCACAGGCUCAUGCUCGACGACGGCGACGCCGGCCGAUGCGGCGAGGAGCGGGGCGGCGUGGCGGCGGCGAAGGCGAAGGCGAAGGUGGUGGUGAUGGACUGCACGGAGCGGCGGUACACGGUGGUGAUCCUCCGGUGCAGGGACCGGCCGCGGCUGCUGUUCGACACGCUGUGCGCGCUCACCGACCUGCACUACGUCGUCUUCCACGGCACCGUCGACGCCGAGGGCGGCAGCGCCAAGGAGGCCUACCAGGAGUACUAUGUCCGGCACGUCGACGGCCACCCGGUGCGCUGCGACGCCGAGCGCCUCCGCCUCGUCCGCUGCCUCGAGGCCGCCGUCGAGCGCCGCGCCUCCGACGGGCUGGAGCUGGAGGUGAAGACGGAGGACAGGGCGGGGCUCCUGUCGGAGAUCACGCGUGUGUUCCGGGAGAACAGCCUGUCGAUCAUCCGGGCGGUGAUCACCACCAAGGACGGCGAGGCCGACGAUACCUUCUACGUCUCCGACGCCUACGGCAACCCCGUCGACGGCAAGGCCAUGGAGGCGCUCGGCGAGCAGCUCGGCCACGCCGUGCUGCGCGUCAAGAGCAACGGCCGCGCCGCCAUCAACCGCGCCGAGGACAGCGGCGGCGGCGGCGCGGCGGCCAUCAUUGGCAACCUGCUCAAGGGCUCGUUCCAGGGGUUCAGGCUCAUCAGAUCCUACUCCUGAAAAAAAAAAUUGCUCAUUUUCUCACCAAGAAGAUCAGAAACACGACCUUGUUCAUACAUAAGAAUCUGACGACUUUAGCUUAGGAAAUAAAUGGAGAAUGGGGUGAUGUAAAUAGUCUUGUGGAUAUCUGAAAACGCCAUUGCUUCUUCAGCAUCAUACACUUAGGUUAAGGUUAACUUGCAUUGUACAUAUAAUUUGUAAAGUGGUUCUCAUCUAAAAUUUGUGGUUAAACCCCAGUCUGAGUGAGGAAUCCAUAUAUCAAAUCAUACACACA